AAUCUUUAGAAUUGAAGUUGGAUUUUACGGGAUGUUACCAUAAUGAGUAAAUACAUGACAAGAAAUUGUAUUUUCAUCAUAGUCUUUUCAAAACGUCCUUGUUCGUAGUUCCUCAGAGUAGAUGGAUCCAUUUUUUUUUUUUAAUUUAGCGUUGAGGGUAACUGUGUUUAACGUGACGUCAUGAUUCGGGGGAAAGAUUCAUUCGCUUCGGUUGCGCUCGUUUCCGCUCGGCCUUUUCCGGCGUCUCAUUGUUAUGAGGACUUGUGGAAAAACAAACAGCGACGUGACCUUUCCUCUCACCAGCGACAAUCUUUCGCUUGGGAGAAAACAUUAUUUUUUUCUUUUAUCUGUCCGAGCGGACUCGUUCGCGCGCGACUCCCGAGCGCCUCUUCGGCGUUCCCCGUGGCGCUUCGGUUAAAUUCGGCUCUCGUCGUGUCGCCCCCCUCGGAGGAAUGGACGAAGCGGAGUCGGCGACGAAGGCGCUCGGCUUCGACGAACCGCCCCGGCGGGCGGACUCGGAUACCGAGUCGGAGGCCGAAGUCUCCACGAUGGAUGUGAUGGCGGCGCCGGGCAACAUCGGCAUGGGAGCCGAAGCGAUGCCGAACCCCGACGAGGCCGAGUCGUCGUUCGCAGAGGUGUCCACGGUGGCAGUGGACGAUGUUCAGGCUGCAGAUGACGUAUUUGCAAACUCGGUGGAAAACCUGCCGGACGACGUGCUGAGUGGAAGGAGCCCCCUCCAGCUGGGCGAGGGUCUGAGCAGCCAGAAGACCACACUGAUCGUGGUCCACACCGACUCUGGAAUUGUGCAGCAGGACACGCUCAAGUCCGCGUCAGCCAUCUCCACUGGCCUGGCGACCCCGCCCGCCCCGCUGACUCCACCCCUGUCCCAGGACAAAGACCCCGCCUCCAAGUACAACUGGGACCCUUCGGUGUACAACAGCGAGCUGCCGGUGCGAUGUCGCAACACCGGCGGGAUCCUCUACAAGAACCGUCUGGGCUCAGGCGGGAAAGGCCGCUGCAUCAAACACGAUCAGAAGUGGUUGACGCCCACCGAGUUCGAAGCCCUGGCCGGCCGCGCCAGCAGCAAGGACUGGAAGAGGAGCAUCCGAUACGCAGGAAGACCUUUAGUCUGCCUCAUACAGGACCGCAUCCUGAACCCUCACGCCGCCUCGUGCACGUGCGCAGCCUGUUGUGACGAAAUGCUGUUGGAUGGAGAGUCCCUCGAAGCCGACAACAUCACAAUGAACGGACCAGUGCGCCUCUUCGUCCCCUACAAGAGGAGGCGGAAAGAGACGGACCCGCCGCCUGUUCCCGCCAAAAAGAAAGUCCCCGCGAGCAAAGACGUCACGCUCAGCCCGGGAACCACGUUCACCGUUUCGCCCAUGGGACAGAUCACCCCGUCGGGCACGUUGACCUUCGAGCGCUCGCCCGCCGGCGACACGGCAGCCGCCGCCAUCAUCUCAGACGCGUCGGUGCACAAUGAGGUGUACGCAGACACAGCAGUUUUGACAGCCUUACCGACGUUGGCGCUGUCUCAUCAGGCCAAGGUGGCGGCGGCGUCCCCCUCGGCCUCGCUGGUGGGCGCCCUGGAUCGGGGGCCCGGGGCGGAAGCCGCCCCGCCGCCGCCGCCGCUGAGCGAGGGUCCGAAGAACGCCUGGCAGUGCCUGGACCAGAUGGUCAACACUCUCCUGAGCAGCGUUCAGCAGCUCAAAGCCUUGAUAGAACAGGCCAAGAGGGACAAUAGAGGACAAAAGGAGUGCGCCGUCGGUCCGGCCCUCCAGAACCAGAUCGCCUUCCAGACGCCCGACGACCCGCAAGCCAAACGGAGCGCCGACAUCGUGGAGGUCAUCAUCAACCAGAUGUGCCAGAACUGCGGUCGCGUGGCCCUGAGCGAGUGCACCGGCUGCCGGAAGGUCAACUACUGCUCCGUCUUCUGUCAGAGGAAGGACUGGCGAGAUCAUCAGAACGCCUGCGGUCGAUCCGGAGGGGGCGGGGCCGCCGGCGAGGACGAGCCAAUGGCAUCCGUCGACGUGGACAAAGUUAAGUGAGAGGGCGUGGCUGGACCCGCCCACUUCAAUGCUCUGAUCGAAAACACGAUGACUAUUUUUAUUUUGAUGUCGUUCCUGAUUUACGUCGGAAGCUUUAGCGCUGCCUCGAUUCACAUGAAUGUAAUUAAACAUUUUUCAUAUUGCACGUAAAGACAUUUUUUUUGAAUUUUCGUGUCAACAGCUUUGUAAAUAUAAAUGAUUUGAUUUUUGCUAAAUGUAAAUAUAAUCCCCCCCACCAAAAAAAAUUGAAGUUACUGAGGUUGUAAAGUCGCAUGAAUUUAUAAAGAUGUAAUCAUGUAUAUAUUUUAUUUUUAAGCCCCAUCAUUAUUGAUUUUUGAUUGAUUUAUAUAGCUAUAUACUGUAUAUUUGAAUGUAGUGUGUCAUUGAAUAAAUCAUGAUUAGCUAUUACUUAUUAUUAAAUU